CAGCCUUUUAUAACUUUGUACUUUAAAACUGGUGAUCUGUUCCACUUCUAACUGGUUAGAGUGACGGAGGGACUUUGAAAGAUGUCCCGAGAACUGCUGGCUGUGCAGCGGGUCAGGAAAUCCUUUGAAACAGGGAAAACCAAAGCUCUGGAGUACAGGAUCCACCAGCUGAAGGGGCUGCAGAGUUUUGUCUGGGAGAGGAAGAAAGACAUUGCAGAAGCCCUGAAGAGGGACCUCUACAAGAGUGAACUUGGAGGAGAGCUGUUUGAGACGGUGGUCCUGGAGGCAGAGCUGAAGCUGGCUAUAGACAGAGUUAAGGAGUGGGCCUCUCCUCGGCCAGUAGAAAAGAACCUCCUCACUCUGUCGGAUGAGGUCUACAUCAGGCCAGAGCCCCUGGGAGUGGUGCUCAUCAUUGGGCCCUGGAACUACCCCUGGACCCUCACCCUGCUGCCACUGGUCGGAGCUAUCGCUGCAGGUAAUGCAGCCGUAGUAAAACCAUCUGAUAUCAGCACCAACUCCACAAGGGUCAUGGAGGACUAUCUCCCUCGCUACAUAGACCAGGAUGUGUACCCAGUGGUGACGGGUGGAGUGCCGGAGACCCAGGAGCUGCUGAAGCUGAGGUUUGACCACAUCUUCUACACCGGUAGCACCACGGUGGGCAAACUGGUGAUGGAAGCAGCAGCUCGCCACCUCACCCCAGUGACACUGGAACUGGGAGGGAAGAGUCCCUGUUACAUCGACAAGAACUGUGACCUCGCUGUCGCUUGUCGCCGCAUCACGUGGGGAAAGUUUAUUAACUGUGGUCAGACAUGCAUCGCUCCGGACUACAUCAUGUGUGAAUCUUCCAUCCAGAACAGAGUCCUGGAGGAGAUUAAGAAGUCUGUUGAGGAGUUUUACACAGAUAAUCCAAAGGCCUCUGAGGACUAUGGACGGAUCAUCAACCAGCGUCAGUUCAAGAGAAUUAUGGGUCUCAUGGAAGGUAGCACAGUGGCUUUUGGUGGAGAUGCUGAUGAAUCUGAAUGCUACAUAGGUCCUACUGUUUUGAAACAUGUGACACAUGAAUCCAAAGUGAUGAAGGAGGAGAUCUUCGGUCCUCUUCUGCCUAUCAUCACAGUGAGUGGUGUGGAUGAGGCCAUCCACCUCAUUAACCAGGGAGAGAAGCCGCUUGUCCUCUAUGUCUUCUCCCAUGACACCACGCUGAUCCACAGAGUGAUAGCCGAGACGUCCAGUGGAGCUCUGCUGGCGAAUGACUGCAUUGUUCACUUUAUCGACAGCGCUCUGCCCUUUGGAGGUGUUGGUCAGAGUGGUAUGGGCCGUUACCAUGGCAAACAUAGCUUUGACCAGCUGAGCCACCAGAGAGCGUGUCUGGUCCGCUCGCUGAACAUGGAGAGUGUGAACUUGGCGCGCUACCCUCCCCAGGACCGCCGGCGGGCAAGCAGGGUCCGAAUGGCCCUCCGGACGCCUCUGAUCGACACGUCCAAGAGGACGCUGGUCUGGGCCGUGGUCGCCACCGUCCUCGGUCUCGGUCUGUUUGUCACCCUGCUGGUCAUCCUGCUCAUCGCUGCCGGCCUCAACUGCACCUGCUGGUACUGGAGAGGAUUCUAUAACUAGGACCGUUUCAUUGGCAGAGAUCUGUCCGAAAAGAAGAAGACAAGGAAACGUGUCAUGGUCUCGUUUUACAUGAAACAGCGUAACCCUCAGAUCUAACGUCGAUUUGCUGUGUUUGUUUUCUAUCAGAUGUCUUUGUUCAGCAAUUAGCCAAAUAUGGAAAAUACCAACAUAAUUCCUCCAUAUUUAAAGUUAAUAUUCACUUCAUGAGGAAAUGUUAACGUGUGCUCAUUUUGUUGGAAGAAUAAAAAAAAUGGUUUCUAUUCGACUGUUUUUCAUUUUUUACAGACUUUUUUUUAUUUCAAGCAGUUUAUAAAAUCUCUUCAUUUGAAAGUCUUUACGUCUGUAUUGUUAAUAAGUAAUUGGUUCCAUAAAGUUGUGUCUCUGCAGUGAUUCAUAAAUCUCAUCAGGCCAUAUUUUACUCCAGUAGAAGAUAAACAACAUAUCAGACGUUGAAAAGGAGACAUUUCAUCUUUUGAUGGGAAAUAUGAGCUGUUAGUGAAUCACGUCUGCAGAGAAUCAUUCCUUUGUUGAAUCAUUCCUUUGUUGAAUCAUUCCUUUGUUGAAUCGUUCUUUUGUUGAAUCAUUCCUUUGUUGAA